AUGCCUGCCUCAUAUCCCCCGCAGUAUAAGAGCCAUCCCAGCGCAGACUCUUCUGCGGUAGAGUCUACAUGCCGGGACUACGGGCUCAGCCAGUCUGAAUUCAGAGAACUGCACAAGCGCUGUGUUGCCUCCAAGUCAACUGCGUAUUGCCCGUACAGCCAGUUUCGCGUAGGCGCGUCCAUCAUCUCGGUAGACGGCGCCUACUUCAACGGCGCCAACGUCGAGAAUGCCUCCUAUCCCGUAGGCACAUGCGCCGAGCGCGUGGCCCUGGCCAAGGCCGUGACCGAGGGUCACCGAAAGAUAAAGGCCGUCGCCGUCGCCACCGACAUCUCUCCCCCGGCCAGCCCCUGUGGCAUGUGUCGCCAGUUUAUUCGGGAGUUCUGCGAGCCCGCGGCACCCAUCAUCAUGUUUGAUAAGGAUGACAACUAUCUGGUCUUGCGCCUCGAGGAGAUCUUACCUAUGUCUUUUGGACCUGAGGCCCUUCCACCACCAGGUUCUCUACCCUCAUGA